CACUGCUCGACAUCGCGAGCAACGAGCUCAGUUAGGCGGGUUAUCGAGCUGCGCAUAUUUCUAACUGAAUCACUAUCAAGUAUCUCUUCGAGGGGAACAUUUUUGUGGAAUCUGAAAAAUUUACACCCACUUGGUGAAAGCGUCACGGCGACAAACCUGACAUAAAAUCAGCAUCUGCGACCAACAAUUAUUCGAAAUAAAUACUUCAGUUCCAAGGUUCUUCAAGUCGAAGAGUGUGAAUUGUCACGGUUAGGGCGAAAUCGUUACAUAGAAGAAGAUCAGGAAGUCUUCGUCAAUUCAUGGAUAAUCCCCAACAUUACCAACCUCUUUCUCAUGCACUUCAUCCACCACUAGGAAGUCCUGGUUUACAACCAAGUACAGCCUACCCCGGUUCGACUCAACUUGUUUAUCGUCUCAAGCCUGUUGCGAAUGAUGAAGACGACGGUUCGGACGAUAAUGAUGAGGGUGCCGUUCAUGAACAACUAGAUCCUCCGGACAACGAUAGCAAUCCACCUUCCCCUCAGCAGGGAGCAGCUGUGCGCAUGAAUCCACCCCAGCCGCAGACUGCAUCUUCCGCACAACAUGAACCCGAGGCUAAACGUCGACCUGGGCGUCCCCGCGGUUCCAAGAACAGGAAAGCUCGCGGGACCACCCAUCAGACAACUUCAGCGAAGGCCCCCCAGUAUGUCCAGGCUCCGACCCAGACAACCCCGCCCCAAUUGCCUGAGGUUAAUGCUUCUAACCAACAAUAUUAUGAAUUCCAGUGGCGCGUCCUCAACCUGUGCGCAGAGUUUUACGGUGCAGCUGAAGAACUAGUUAAAGCAACGCCGCCGCUGGUAAUUGCUCAAUGUUACCAAAUGGGCCCAGGCAGCAAAGUCGACCCGAUCCACAUGUUGAACGAAGCUAAACGGAACUGCGAUACUCUUCUCGCUAAUCCUUCCCUUCUGAUCACAUCACCUCCGCCGCCUAUGUACCCUUCGGUACCCUCUUUGUAUCAAUCACCACAGCCAAUAGGAAACUCCUCAACAGCAGCAGCACCCCCUACUGUGAUAAGCCAGCCUCAGUCUUUUGUUGUUUCCAUGGGCGCUCCCCCACAAUAUCCCGUAUAUGCCCCACCACCGGCCGGACAGUUCCCUGCAUCGUAUUAUCAGUACCCAUAUGGGCACAGCUACUAUUCCGUUGCAGCACAACAUCCUCCCCCCACCACUCAACCAAAUGCGGCCCCUGGAGCCACUACAAGCACUGCCGUUGCUGGUCCUUCUGGUUCUGGUAGCAAUAACACUUCGUCAGGUGCUUGGUCAGAUGAAGAGGUAGAACGCUUGAAGAAACUCUUUGAGGAGAGCAAAUCAAAUGGACAAUCUGGCGAGGCCGGAUGGGACUGGGUGGUCAGCAAAUGGGGAAAGGGCAGAUCAAGACAUCAAAUCCUGAUCAAGGCGACUCAAAUAGGUUUGAAAGAGAGUACAUCAUCCCGGGGUGUCAAAAGGCGCCGCGAAAACGAGUCGGGUGAUGCAGGUAGCCCUACUACUGCGGCUCCUGCCCCUCCUCCUGCCCCUCCUCCUCCUAUAUCGUCUGCUCCGCCUGCGAACAGUUCAUCUCCAGCUCAAAGUGCGACCGCAUCUACGCCUGUCGCCUCUCCAUCCAUACAACACGCAGCACGGCCUCCUUCAAAGCCUCCUUCGGUUUCUGUUACCCCAGCACCAACCGCAACGGCUAGUUUACCUUGGCCGAUGCCUACGGUUGCAGCAAAUACCCCUCCCAUAAUACAGAGCACCGAUCGGCGAAGUACCAGUUACUAUCGGCCUCGUCCAUCGGAAACACCUUCGAAACCCUUAUCUGGCCCACACCAUUCACAACACUCGUACGUGUAUCACCACUCCAACGGACGCGAUUCUGGAAAAUGACUGUUUUCAUUAUUAUUCUGUUUGCUUCUGAUCUUCGCUAUCGAAUUUGAUCGCUGUUUGCGUUAUGGGUUCUGCGCGUUAUCUAUUUAGUUACCCACGUUUUUUUGUUUGAAUCGUUCGGCGAAUGCCUUUUUGUGUUUGUUGUUUCUUUCUUGUUGUACUAACAUAACGAUACUGAUGUAACUGACAGCAGCACGUUCUACUUUACAGCCUUCUUUCUUUCAAAGGUUUCGGUUAAUAGCUUACUGCCUGGGUAAUUAAUCAUUUACGCCCUCGGAUGGUUCGAGUGGAAGAAAAUUGGCAUCCUAUUGACGGUG